AUGGCUGCCAAUAUGCGAGGGCUAACCCAGUUUAUCGCAGAUAUCCGAGGUGCAAGAGUGCGUGAACUGGAAGAGAAGCGUAUCAACAAGGAGAUGGCGAAUAUCCGAAAGAAAUUCAAAGAUGGAAAUUUGGACGGAUAUCAGAAGAAGAAAUAUGUCGCGAAGAUCAUCUUCACGUAUAUCCUUGGGUACAAGGUCGAUGUGGGGCACAUGGAAGCUGUCAACCUCAUAUCGAGUUCCAAGUACAGUGAGAAACAGAUAGGUUACCUUGCUGUUACUCUACUGAUGCACGAGAACUCGGAUUUCCUUCGACUGGUUGUCAACUCCAUUCGGAAGGACUUGGAUGAGAAUAACGAAGUCAGCAACUGCCUUGCCUUGCAUGCCAUAGCAAAUGUGGGUAGCAGCGAGAUGGCGGAGGCGCUGUCAGAAGAUGUGCAUAGGCUUCUGAUAUCCCCAACCUCGCAAACUUUUGUGAAGAAGAAAGCUGCUCUAACGCUACUGCGACUCUACCGCAAACAUCCCACUGUAAUACCUGCCGCUGAAUGGGCUUUGCGUCUAGUAUCUAUCAUGGACGAUCAAGAUCUAGGCGUCGUAAUAUGUGUUACCAGCUUGAUCAUGGCUCUGGCCCAAGACCACCUCGAUGCCUACGCUGUUUGCUACACUAAAGCUGUGGAUCGCCUACACCGAUUAGUCAUAGAGGGCGAGUAUUCCGCCACGUACGCAUAUUAUAAAGUCCCUUCGCCAUGGCUACAAGUCAAACUACUCCGAUUGUUGCAGUACUAUCCUCCUUCUGAGGACGCAACUUUACGAUCCGUACUCCAUGAGGUGCUACAAACAAUCAUGAACAAUAGUGCAGAGCCCUCGAGGAACGUUCAACACAACAAUGCACAACACGCUGUGCUCUUCGAAGCAAUCAGCCUUGCGAUUCAUCUAGACGCAAGUUCGCCACUUGUGGGAACCUCUGCAGUUUUGUUGGCUCGGUUCAUAUCCUCAAAGGAGACAAAUGUACGAUAUCUUGGUCUGGACACCAUGGCUCAUCUUGCUGCUCGUGCAGAUUCUCUGGAACCCCUUAAGAAGCACCAAGGCACCAUCAUCCUAUCUCUUCGCGACAAGGAUAUCUCUGUGCGAAGGCGUGCUCUUGAUUUGCUAUACAGCAUGUGCGAUACAGACAAUUCAGAGCUGAUUGUCGGGGAGUUGCUACGCUACCUCAAAGUUGCAGAUUAUGCUCUGCGGGAGGAGAUGGUGCUCAAAAUUGCUAUCUUGACGGAGAAGUACGCGAACUCAUACAAGUGGUAUGUCGACACGAUCCUGCAGCUCAUCAGCGCUGCUGGUGAUCAUGUUGGGGAUGAAGUUUGGUAUCGUGUCGUGCAGAUAGUUACAAAUACGGAGGAUCUGCAGGAAUAUGCUGCAAAAGUUGUCUUCGAGCACCUGAAGUCCCCAUCCACACAUGAAAGCCUUGUCAAGGUUGGAGGAUACAUCCUGGGAGAAUAUGGACAUCUUAUCGCGAAUGACACUGGCUACAGUCCUCUUGAACAAUUCCAAAUCCUUCACUCCAAAUCUCAAUUCUGUGUCGCUUCCACUCGCUCCCUUCUCCUAUCGACGUACAUCAAAUGGGUUAAUGUCUUUCCCGAGAUCAAGCCUCAGCUCAUCAACAUCUUCGAACGAUAUAGACAUGUUCUGGAUGCAGAGCUCCAGCAGCGGGCCUGUGAAUUCUACUCGCUCGCAUCUAGGCCUGAUGACGAUGAGGUGUUGCAGAACGUUUGCGAAGAGAUGCCGCCAUUCCCUCCUCGCGUCAGCGCUCUGAUUGGUAGACUCAACCGUAAACUCGGAGACACAGAGGACAAGCGGACCUGGAUACACGGAGGAAAGGAAAUGAACCUCGAGCGACACGUAAAUUCACGGAAAGCGACACUAGGACCGGGAUCAUCUGCCACUGGGACAGCUACUGUCACCGAUACUGCAGAUGCACAAGACGUCAUGGGCUCUUUGGCAGGAUUGAAUUUAUCUAGCUCAGGUGAUCAGUCAGACUUGUCCCGUGUGGACGGUUCCGUAGUCGCCCCUCGAGUCGCCGUCGGACCCAACGUUGAAAAGUGGUUUAACAAGCUCACCUACAGCGCGGAUGGCCUCCUCUACGAGGACGUACAGAUCCAAAUUGGUAUCAAAUCAAGGUACCAGGGGCAUCUCGGCCAGCUAGCCAUCUACUUGGGAAAUAAAAUAUCAGUACCGUUGACGUCGUUCACUUCCACCAUCCAUGUCAAUGACUCGGAGGCUUUAUCGGCUACGUUUGCUAAAAUCCCACCAAAUACUCUCGUUCCUCGCACACAAAGCCAACAACUUCUGCAUGUUGAAUGUAAAAAGGCAUUUAGCUCUUUCCCCAUCCUCACGGUGUCAUUUUUAGCUGGCGCACAUCAGUCUAUAUCAGUUCGACUACCAAUCAGCGUUACGAAGUUCAUCGAGGGUGUCAAAUUGGGACAAGGUGACUUCUUCGAGCGCUGGAAGGUCAUCGGUGGUCCUCCACGCGAGGCACAGGCAGUUUUUCCUAUUCCACUUGAUGGUACUGGUCAGCUUGAUCUUGUACGAUACCGUCAAGUGGUCUCAGGAAACCAUCUGGAGAUAUUGGAAGAUGUUGAUCCCAACCCAAGCAACCUAGUGGCAGCUGGAGUUUUGCAUACGUCGGUAGAUGGCAAGGUCGGUUGCCUGCUUCGCUUAGAACCAAAUCGUGAGGCAAAGUUGUGCCGACUAACAGUCCGCAGCACCUCUGAGGAUGUGGCCAUGGAAGUGCUUAGGCUGAUUGAAAAACUGCUCAGAUCGGACUCUUCUUGA